AUUCAAAACAACCAAUAGGAACUCAGUCACAGUUUUUGCCUGAUAGGAUUCCAACAUCUAUAUAAAAGCAUGUCAAAAUUAAGACAGUCAUGUCUUAAAUUUCCUCGUGGCAUCCGCUCUGUUUAUUUUCUGGUUGUAAACGCAAUCCCCAGGAGUAGAGUUGUGAGAAACGUUUUAGUGCGCUCUGUGCUUGCAAUGUUUGCCAGUCAUUUGCUGUUUUUGGAGCUCUAUUUGGUAUUACCUUAUUUAUUAGGAGACGAUAAAUACUUAGCAUACAGCAUCUUGUUGUUUAUAUAUGCUUGUUUUUGUUCGAGUGUUACAUUGUGUAUUUAUAAAGACCCAAGUAUUCGUAGCCUACUGUUAUCGUCUAAGUCGAAACCAGAUUGGACUUAUUGUCUUACAUGCCAAACUUUACGACCGCCUCGUGCUCACCACUGUUUUGACUGUGCUGUAUGUGUUCUUCGACGUGAUCAUCACUGCACUAUUAUAGGUCAAUGUAUUGGUCAUGCAAAUUGGCGAUAUUUUUGUAAUACUUUAUUAUAUGGUAUAUUAGGUUGUUCAUUUAUGAGUUAUUAUAAUUUAAUGUUAAUAUUUCAAUCAAAUUAUUUUCCUAUAACAUGGUCUAUUUAUUAUCGACUAUUAUGUAUGAUUGCACCACCUGGUUUUAUGUGGUUAACUGGUUAUUUAACAUUUUUACAAAGUAUCAUCUUUUUGACAACAAGUUUAUCAACUAUCAUUACAUGUUUAUUAUUUGUAUUUAUGAUUUAUGAAUUCAAUUUAAUGUUCACGAAUCAAACAAUGUUUGAACGUACAUUCAAAUCAUUCGAUCAAUUUUAUUGGAGUAAUAAUUAUGAUAAUCAUAUGAAAGGUAUUAAAAAAUUUGGAGAAGAGAUGAAUAGUAGUAGUAGUGGUAGUAGUACUACUACUACAAUGACAAGUACAUCUGUACUACAUCAUCGACGACAAGAAUCAUUAUCCAAUCACUAUCCAUCUUUAUAUAAUAUCGGUUAUAAAAAUAAUAUUAAACAAUAUUUAGGUGAACGUUGGAUUCUUGCUAUUCUAUGUCCAUUUGUUCAUUCUCCAUUAACAACAGAUGGAUUAAGUUUUCCAACAUCAGAUAGUGUAAAAUUUAAAUGAUUGUUUUUUUUUUUUGUUUCCAUAUAUCUUUAUGUUUAUCUAAUGUAUUUUGUAUAGUAUUCUUUUUUGUGUGUUCAAUUUGAUUUUUCUGUUUGUAAAAAACUACCAUACGCAUUUGAUUAUAAAACUAUUUCAUUUGUUUUUUUCUUCAUUAUUUUCAUUAUAUUUGUGUAUGGACUGUGAUACUGUCCGAGUGCCCAGACAGAAGUAAGUGGUUUCCUUAGGGGGCCACACCCCGAGCCUUUGACCUAAAGGUCUGGUCCACAAGUCAGUGGAGCAUCGUAAGGAGAUACAGUCACAUGGUAGCCGGCGACCAACGAUUGGUUCUUACGACAUUAAUUCCUUCAGGAUACUGGGGCCCAUGUACGCCAUUGGUUUGGAAUCUGGUUAAAACGCCGGACAUUCGCUUUUCGUCCUCUCAUUUUCGUGAACAACACCCCCUCCACGAGAAGGCAGUAAGUAGAACUUCCCUGGCAGAGGCUGUAUACGCGUGGCCGUGUGAGAGCAUUUCAAGAGGGAGGGCGGGCGUACCCACUCUCGGCCAUACCAGGGCAUUUGGGGGCGAUUAUAAAAGUAUAGACUUACUAAUGUUUUCAAAUUGUUUGUUUGAAAAGAAUUGCCAAUAGAAGUCUGUAAUGAACUAAGGUUUUAAAAAAUUCCUAAAGUAAUGAUUGUUUAUUAAACUUAUUUACCAGGUAAAUAAGUUUAAUAUUUAUUUAUCAGGUGCCCCCAAAUGCCCUGGAGAGAGUCCGCUCUCCUCAAAAUGCUCUCACAUGGCCACGCGUAUAUAGCCUCUGCCAGGGAAGUCCUACUCACUGACUUCUCGUGGCAUUAUUGUUGUUUACGAAAUUGAGAGAACGAAUGUCCAUCGCUUUAACCGGGUUGGUGGACAUAGAGAGUCCACCUAGGAGAGUUGGAAAAUCCUCAUUCCAAACCAAUACUGCACAUCGGCUCCAGUAUCCUGAAGGAACAAAUGGCGUGUGAACCAACCGUUGGUCACUGGCUACCAUGGGACUGUAACUCCUUACGAUGCUCCACUGCCUUGUGGAUAAGACCUUCAGGUCGAAGGCUCCGGGUGUGCCCCCUUAAGAAAACCACCUCGUUCGUUUUGGGCAUCCGGGUAGUGUCACAGCCCUCACACAAAUCGAAUGAUUUAUGUGGCGCGUAUGUAUUUGGUGCCUUCUUGUACCAAUAUCUAUGUGUUAAAAUAAAUGAUAAAUAAAUUUACCAGGUGUAGAUUUAUAUAUUUAGGCUAUAACUAUAAUCUAGGUGUUAGGGUCAGUAAUGUUAUCUAGUUGUUGAAACUAAAGUAGAUUGAUAUUCAAACUUGUGAAUUAGUGACUGAAAGUUGGAUAUCUUGCUGUUAAGGUAUGGCUAACAACUGUAAUGACCUGAUAGACGAAUAUUGACUUCAAUGUUUUUGUUUAACUAUACCCAGUCAUGUCGUUUGGAAUGUAGUAAGAUCAAAAGUAGAAUUUUCAGAUUUAUUAACAAAGUCGUAUUGGUGAUUGAACCAAAAUCUAGUUGUAAAGCGUUUACCAUAUAAAAUCAACAUCCCUAAGUACCUUACUUCCUUACAUCUUGACGAAGAAAGACUUGUGUCUGUAAAUAGUUCACUACUCUUGCUGCGUAUACUUCUAAUACCUAUUAUGAAAAUAUCUAAGUUACGCUGUAGACAGUACAGGAAAUUAAAAAGUAUUCUUGAGAAUGACAUUUAUUACCGAACUCGAGCAGAUGUUCCUUGGAUAGUGUAGCCACACUCUUGGGUGAAAAAGAUCAUUCUAUUUUCUUUUUAGAUUUACUUUAAAAAAUAAACCAAGGUGUAGAAAGUAUCGGUAUUCAAUUACAUAGAACUAUACUCCAAGUUAUUCCGUUCGUCAAUAACCAUGUUUUCGUUUCAAUUCCCACUUGACCUGUAAUAGAUUCGACUUCCCUCAUUUAGGGAUUCAAUCCUAACGGGAACACCAAUAACUUCAGGGAACCAUUUAGAAACUACAAGUCAACAGAAGGGUUUACUAGUAAAGGCUUCAUAAUUCUUUACCGUAAAUAUUUAUUAUGUUUCUAAAAUCCAGUUGUAUGAUCCAGAUGUGUUUAUGAAACUAAACAAUUCGGUAAACUGUCAUUGUUUAUCCUUCGAACAUCAAGCUAUUCUAGAGCAGACUGGUAUGGUUUGUCACAUAUAUAUUCUUCGUAUUUAGUUAGGAAGUAGAAAAUGUGUUUGUACACUGUCCAGUUAAGCGGGAUUAUAUGACAUUGGAAGGGUCGAAAUAUGCUUUAUUAUUUACGUAUACAUUCCCACUAACUGAGGAUUUGAAGAAAUAGAUUAGCUAAAUUUAUCAAUUUGUUCUCGUGGCGGGGGUGUUGUUGACAAAAUUGAGAGGAUGAAAAGCGAAUGUCCGGCGCUUUAACCGGGUUGGAAAACCUUGAUUCCAAAUCAAUGGUGUACAUGGGCUCCAGGAUCCUAAGGAAACAAAUGGCGUAUAAACCAAUUAUUGGUCACCGGCUACCAUGGGACUGCAUCUCCGAACGUUGCUCCACCGCCUUAUGGAUUAGAUUUCGAUGAAAUAAGGAACCAAGCAAAUAAAUAGAAGAUCAGCAUAAUUGUCAACAUAGAUUUUGUUUCGUCUCAAAGGUGUUUUACAUUUUAUGAAAAGUGUUUUAAAACUAAAAUGAAUUCGUCACUGGUCACUAUAGCGUGUAUUAUUUGAUAAUGUCUGGAACGAUUGGUGUUAUAACCCGACAAGAAGAAUGGAAGUUAACUGUUUGGAUCUAUUUAUG